GUCGAAGAAUAAGCCAAGCAAGAAACCAGUGUGAAGCAGAGAGAAAGCUCUGCUUGCUACCUGCUUCACGCUGUUUUCUUCCUUAGUUGCUAUCAUACAGAAAGCUAAAUAUAGUUUCUUUGUGGUCCAAACGAGUUGUGUAUCUUUGUGAGGUGAGUCUCACACAAAAUAUCGGGGUGCAAUUUUAGUCUUCAAGGUGGGGAGGUUUUGUCACAUAAUUUCAUACCACAAACACUAAAAAGCUAACACCAGGCUGACAGUAAAUAUUGUGAUAUAUUCUAAGUGAUUGUAAUGUUUGCUAUGUCCAUUGUUCUCCGAGUUAAUAAUCGGGUAAUGUAAGUAUACAUGAUAUAAAAUAUGAAUAAGGGAAGGAGGAAGCUAUAAAUUUGCCUAGAGUUACUAUUUCUCAUUUCACUGUAAUAAUUCGUGCAAUUAGGCGCUGGCUUCUGUCUGUGGAGCCUGAGGUUCAGUUCCAGAUGGCUUGCAUUGCUGUAUUCAGGUACUGAGUUCCAUGUGAAAUUAAUGGCGGAUUUUGUAUUUGGGGAAUCCUGCCCCUCUUUUGUAAUAAAUUCAAUGUACUUCUACAUUAUUUAUCAACAUUUUCUUGUUUUUCGUAUACAAAUAUAAAUAAAAGUCUUAAAUAUUUUAUAUAGUUUAUGUGCUUGCUCUGGAAAUGUAAUGUGUGAUUGAUGAGUUUGUUUCAAGUUUGUUUACUCUAAAUAUGCCGCUGGUAAGAGGAGGUUAUGUUUUAUGCUAUAAAUGCAUGCCUAUUAUGGAUCCAUAUGUAAGGUAAAAAUGUAAUUAUGUAGGUGGCUGUAACAUCAGUGCAAUCUUGCUCUUGUAGAUGGCAGUAAUAUUUCACAUCGAGCGCGCAGGCAUUGGAGCAGUCAUUUGUUCUGUGAAAUUACAUGUUCACACCCGCUUUCACCCCUCUCAGCUUUAGCUCAAAAUCUCGCGCAUUCAAAUGAAAAAUGGCAAAAGGGACGUGUCAGCGAAUUAAAUGUAUUUAUUGUAUUUCAGAAUCAUUUAGUAUGUUGAAUGUGUAGAAGACGGUAGAAUUUUAAUGUGGACGUAAAUUUGUGCACCGCUUACCAUGGCAAGCGAUGUGGAAUCAUUGGUGGCCUUAGAGGCUUUAAUGAAUGAAUUCUUUGCCCCUGGCACGAGCAAUGAAAGGAAGAAAGAAAUAGAAGGUGUUUUGCACAACUUUAGUAGCCAGCGAGGUGCGUGGAAGCACUGCCUAAAUUUCAUGUCACAUUCUACAAACCAGUAUGUGUGUAUGUAUAGCUUAACAACUAUUGAGACACUGAUCACAAAACAGUGGUUGGGCUUGAUGUGGGAGGAGCGGGCACAUCUUAAGGCUACAUUGUACCAGUUUGCAUUGGAACACCAUCAGUCAGCACCUAAUUUUAUCAGAAACAAAUUGGUGAAAUUGGUGGUGGAUAUUGCAAGAUUAGAUUGGCCACAUUUUUAUCCAGAUUUUUUCAGCAAUAUUUUACAGUUAAUUCAGACUCCAGAUACAACUGUGCUGGGCUUGGUAUUCUUACAAACUGCUUCAGAAGAAUUGGUUUGUCCAUGGGAAGAUCUGAGCGUAUCACGCAAGGAAGAACUGCGGCGCUUGCUCCUAGCCCAUAUACCUCAGGUGUUCAAUAUGCUUACAGGUCUGUUAGAAAAUAUUCUGCAAAAGCAGAAGCAUAGUGUAACAGCAACACCUCCGCCUUCACCCACGCAUGGGCAACCAAAUUCUGCAUCACCAGUGCACACAGGGUCACUGUUGAGUUCGAUGUUGGGUAGUGGGCGAAGCGCAAGUGGUGGACUGGAUUCAGAUAGUGAAACCAUUUGCUGUCUGACCCUAAAUGCUCUUACGCAUCUCUUCUCUUGGGUGCCAUUGUCCUCUUACAUCACAUCUAACUUGGUAGCUGCAUUGUUUCGACUAGCCAGUGUCUCUCAGGGAAUAUCUCAGGAUGAACACCAGAAUAUAGGAACUCUUGCUAUGGGGGCCAUUAAUGAAAUAAUGUACAAGAAUUGCGUACCCGCUUCAUGUGAAGAUUUCUUGUUGAACAUUUUCCAGCAUGCAAUGCAACUAAUGCAAAGUGUGAUACAUUCCGGGGUGUUGGAGCAUGUAGAUAGAAGUUUUGUAGAAAAGUUAACCGAGUUCCUUCGUCUGUUUGUUGCUCUCCACCUCCAUCGUUUAGAGGAAAGCCAGAAGUUUUCACCAGUUCGGGAUUUCUUGUCUCUGCUUUUCAAAUACACAUUCCACACUGCCCUUGAGCAGUUUUAUAGGUGUCUGGAAGUGUGGUCAAUCUUCUUGGAUCACAUGCAUAAUCGUGGAACACCAACAGAAAGGUACCAAGAUGCACUUAUUUUAUUAGUGCAAGAGAUUUUGGUGAAAAUGCAGUUCAAGCACAAUCGAGGUCCACUUGAAGAACUGGAUGAUGAAUUGUUAGAUGAUGAUGAACAAACAGAAUGGCAACAUUACUUGAGACAGUGUAUUGAGAUUGUAGCUAAGGUAGCAGAGCUUGCCCCAAUGGAAACAUACAGUCUGAUGUAUGAUCCAUGGAAAGAAGCAUCUGCUGUUUACUUACAUCUUGAACGAGCUAUUGAACCUCAUGAGAGUACUGAUUACAGUAGGCGUUUGACAGUGACUGAAGCACAUGAGUGUAUGAGGCUUCACUGCCUCCUGAGGGAUUUAUCAUCACUCACACAGGCUGUGGGGAGAAUGUACCCACACUUUAUAGGACAGCCAUUCAGUACCCGUUUUCCACAUGCCCAGCAACUUGUGUCAAGAUUAUCAGUUAUGGCAACAUAUGGAACUCGGCUGAGACCGUACCAUCUGCAAGUAUCAAAUCCAGUGCUUACUACUGAUCUUAUUGAGGUUCAUGCACAGGUCCUAGCUGCCCUUAAAGCUUGGUGUCACUGGCUUGCACAGCUUCAUACAGAGGACACGAUGAAACCACUGUAUGAUCACCUUGUGUCAGAUAUGGUGAAUUCUUCAGUGCCAUUACUGGCGAGGAGAGGGGAACCUUCCAAGUUGUGCCAUUCCGCUGCUCAUCUUCUAGUCACGCUGACUGGAACUGUACGUCCUCCACGUAUUUGGGAACUUCAACCUAUUAGGGACAUGUAUCACGUGGCUGCAUCCCUUACGUAUCUGUUGCCUGAGGCACAGCGCUUGGUGCAGUUGGCUUUGUGUAAUACGUUACUACAGCCCAGUCCAGGCAUGACGGACCAGUUGUGGGAUCUGCGUUACAAGCUCUUAGCAAACCUCAUAGAUUCCUUAACGGCAGACUUCCAGCGCCUAGGACGUUUGUCAUCGCUGCCUCCAGAGCAGCAUGCUCAUCCCGUAAUCACAUCUACGCUCAAACUUCUUGGUGACUUGGUAAAGCAUAUGCAAUCAGAGAGUUCUCACACCAAGAAGCUUCUAUAUUCUGUGAUACAGGGCAGUGUACACCAGACGCUGUCAGUGUUCCCACUGUGUGUGCAGUCACCUGAUGUAUGUGAAACGAUUCUGGACUUCUUCCUGAUAGCAUUUGCUGGUUUACAGCAGCAGCUUGGUGCUACAUUUACUGAGCUGACUGUUCAGACUUUCCUUGGUGUCUUCACCAGAGAACAUCUGGCAGAAUCACUGGGACAAGAAAGCGGAGCUGGCACACGAGUUGUAGAGAAGUUUCUUCAGUUGUUGCAACUGGUGAUGGCAGAACCAAGUGCAUCAUUCAAACGCUUUGUUCCGAGCACUAUCUCACUUUGUCUUGAUCAUGUUUAUCCAUUGGUUGCAGACAUGCCAUCUCCAGAUGUAAAACCAGCAUUGUUUGGCGUUCUUCAUGCUGUUUUACUGCACAAGUGGCAGUACUUUUACCGAACAUCAGUAUUGCACACAUUAUCCGAACCAGGAGUGGAAGGAAUUGAAAAUUGUGAACGGUUUGUGGCCAUCCUGCGGGCAUAUGGCCAGCCAUUGUUACAGCCUGAUAUCAAUUUAUUUGGGCAAAACCUGCAUACUUUAGAAGAGCUUAACUCCAAAUGGAAGCUCUACCACAAGGCAUUGUUCCGUGAAGAGCUGCUACCACAGUUCCUGACAGUUCUUUUAGACUCACUGAUCCACAAAUCACACACAUUACUGGGAGAUGAAAUUGCUGUGGCUCUGUACAACAUGGCAGCUGUAAACUUUAUGGCAUUCCAUGAUGCUUUUCUCCCACAGUUCCUUCGUUCAACUGAUGGACUUGAUGAUGGCCAAAGGUCUAUCCUCCAAAGAAAUUUCCAGAAUGACACUGACCUUCCUUCUUUUACUCAAAACAUUCAGCAGUUAGUUAAUGAUUUGCGGUGCUACCAACUGUGUAAUGCAAGCCUCCCAGCAGGCAGUGUGAAGCUGUGAAUGUCAAGAAUUACAGGAAUAUAUAAAUAUACUUAAAAUUGUAAUUAAAGUGCACACAGUGACUGCUGCAUACCGCAGGUAAAAAUUCAUUACUUCAGUCAUAGCCAAGCAGAGCAGGUGUGGGCGUGUGUGUGUUUGUAUGUCUGGGCCUGCGUACAUGUGUAAGCCACGUGAAAGUAUCCAAACUCAACUAUUUAAUUCUUAUAAUCUGAGAAAAGAGUAUAUCAUAUAAUUUUUAGGGGAUAAUGAAACACCACAUAUACA